GCUUCACCGACCGUCUUUCUACACCUGCUGCAUGACUUCUCCGAGGCAGCAGGAACAAUCGCCGAAUGUCGCUGCAGAUUGCUGUAGCUCAUACGGGCCAGCGUUUCGACGCUGAUCCCGUUGCAUUCGGAUCCGUCGAUGCGCUCAAGCACUGGAUCGCAAGAGCUACAGAAAUCCCGCCUGAGCUCCAAAUACUGCUGACGCCCGCCGGCAAGCAUGUCAAACUGCAAGCGCUGCUCACCGAAAAAGAUAUCUUCGUAUACAGCCGCGAGCUAUCGAACGGAUCGCAACGCACCAUCCCAUCCAUACCGCUGCCAGAUGCCUUCACGCCUGAAGACCCGCCCAAGUUCCUCGCGAACAAUACCGACAUGCAAUCAUGGCGAUCGCUCUUCCAAGCCCGCCGCGACUGGGCCUUCGCCGUCCUUGAGAGCUCACACGCCAUGUCUCUCACCGCCUCAAAGCACUUCUCCGAACAAGCCACAAUAGAGAGAGGAACACAGGUCGCUGUGGGAAACCACGAUUCGCACAUUAAAGGGUUAGAGCAGAAGUACCAGGCAGCCAAAGAAUGGUUUGAUGGCGUGGAGAAAGAGGCCAGCGACAAUCUGAGGCGCCUAGACGCCGACUUUGGGCAGCUCGGCUCGAUACCUGCAAAGCUGGAGUUCGCGCGAUUUUUAACGAAAGAGCUGCGCUCUCCCCAAGCUGCACAGAUGUUGCGAAAGACAGUUCCAACCCCAAAUGCUUCACUGCAGGACUUUCUGGACGUCGAGGCUGUUAAGAAGGCCACAGGCACAAGCAAGCGCGUGCGAGAGUCAUUUGGCAAGCGCAUGGCUGGCAUGAACGCGCAGCUGGAGCAAAUCGCGGCUGACUAUAACGAGCUGCUGAGUGCAGUAGGUCAGAGUCAAAGCCGCUCUCUCGUGGACGAUUCGGAGGAGCCUGCGCGCCUAUACAACGAGAUCGAUGCGGUUGCUAAGAAAGUCGAGUCGGACUAUGAACACGUCAUGGGUCUUUCCAGCGACCCGAAGUCGGUGGCGCAGGUGUCGAAAAUGGCUCUGCUGCACACACGAAACUUCUUGCCAGCGAUCAGUGAAUACAGCGUUGAGAUGAGCGAUCUCGUGCGAAGAUCUGUAGAGCAAAAGAACACAGCCAUCCGGAGUUCCGUGGAGAGCAUGCAGGGAAUAGCGAACAUCGAAUCUGUCAUCUCUGGCAUGAACGCAGAGCUUGAAACGAUCGACAUACCACAGGAAGGAGUUGCAGCGUUCGAGCUGAUCUCGCUUGUGGGCCGACUUCCUUACAUAUAUGGAACCCUGCUGGUCGAGGCUGUUCGAAGACGUGAAUGGACCGAGAGAGUCGAGAAGGACACGUCUUCACUAGCUGAAGAGAUGGCAACGUUCCAGGAGGAGGAGGAACGGCGACGCAAGAGAUGGCUCAAACCGAUCGCCGACGUCAUCAAUGUUGAAGCUGUUCAGGGUGGCGCUGUUGGUUUUGAGAUGAACGUACAACCCGAGAAGCACGUAUGGCCCGAGGUCGCUAGGAACGACUUGAAGCAAUACCUUCAGAUUCUGCAGAACCUCGAGGGACAAAGCUCUGAAGCCGACGCCCUUACGCAGGCUAUCAAGGACUUGGAUCGACCAACAAAGCAGCAGAUCAAGCGCGCUAAAAACUUCAAGAUGGGCAGCGUCCACGAGCCUGCAUUUGGCAAAGGAUCUCAACUCAUGGUCCGAGGUGACGAUGAACUACGCGUACUCCGAGAAGCAAACGCAAAGCUGGACGACGAACUCAAAGCAAACAAGAGCCGAGUGCGACGACUCGAGGAUUUGCUGCAUCGCUCGAAUCAAAACAGUAGGCUAUCCAUAGGUGGAGCUGGAGCGCCACCGCCUGGGUUUCAAAGCCCAGGAGACCCAUCGACACCUAUAAUUGAGACCGCUUCUCCCAAGCCAUAUGAUGAGCUCUCUCGACGAUCCUCGAUAUCAUCCCGGCGACUAUCUGCUCAAGGUGACGUAGAUAAGCGUCGCAUCACACGGCUCGAGCAGCAGCUCUCUACUGAGAAGGAUGCCCGCAACAAGCUCGACAGGGAGGCGAAAGAGGCUGAGGCUGAAAUGCGACGGCAGAUCGAGGAGGCUGUGUCUGCUAAAGAAGAAGCCGUCUCUACAAAAGAAAACAUCAUGGAGAACAUGAAAGCGCAGCAGAAGGAGUUUGGGGAUGAACGUCGAUCACUGGAGGAAGAAAUUCAUGUCUAUAAGGCCAAGAUCGAGGAGGCAGAAGAUGAGCUAGAUCGUAUCCUGGGAAGUCGAGAUAAUGCAAGGAGCGAGAUCGAUGCCAGAGUGCAUGAAUUGACUGCCGAGUACGAAAAGAUUCGGACUGAGGCUGCCGAACAGCUCAUGCAUGCCAACGAACAAAUCACGGAUCUCCGUACCAAAUUAGCAGAUCAAGAGACGGUGCAUACCGAGCAAGUCCAGUCGCUCAAGACGGUAUUCGGACACCUCGCGCCAAACAGCGAUAUGCCAGACAAUCAUCUCACGCUACUCACACAUAUUGAGGACCUCGCCAGUCGAUCCUUCAAUCAUCAGAGGGAGCUCGAAGAGGCCGUUGCAAUCGCUAAAUCGGAGAAUGAGAACACAUGCAUGAGAGUGCAGGAGCAGGAGCAGGCACUGGCUGCUCAAAUCAACAAGCAUGAGCAGGAACUCGCGUUUGCUCGCGAGCAGCUUGACACCGAGAAAGCGAGAGCAGCUUCGAUCGCCGCCGAGCUUGACGAAGAACGUGGGCAUCUUCAUGAUCUGCGCGCAAAAUUUGCCGAAGGCGAAACUGGAUCUGAGGCUUUGCGAAGGCGAGCUGAGGAGGAAGAGGCAAAGGUCGGACGUUUACAAAUCGAGUUGGCUGAGCAGAAUUCGCACUCAAACAGUCUCGAUGUCGAGAUUAUGCGGCUCAGCAAAAAGGUGCUCAAAUACGAGGAAUUCGAUUCUUCUCGCUCCCAACUACGCUUGAGUCGCGCAAAGGAGCUUAGCCAGCGCUUGUACGUUCAGCAUGAGCGUCUCGUUCGCUUGUUGGAAGCGCUUGGCUUCAUCAUUACUCACGAGAACGGCGAGAUGGUUCUCCAACGCGCAUCUAAGAUGAGCAACAGCUCGGUGAUGGCUGGUACUACCGGUGAUCUAGGUCGCAGUACGACAGCGGCGUCACCUACACCGCUUCGACGCUUCCUCGAAGACAACGGCGACCUUUCGUUCCUGCAAUGGACCGACUCGACUAGCGUUGAAGAAGAAGAUGAGCGCUACAAGGAGCUCAUCAGCAAGUUAGAACUCUUCAAUACAGAGACGUUUGGCGAAGCUGUGGCCAAGCGCAUGCGAGACAUGGAGCACACAGCCAGGAAGUGGCAAAAGGAAGCACGCGCUUACCGCGACAAGUCGCAUCGCUUCCAGGCCGACAGCCACGAGAAGAUUGCGUAUCGAUCUUUUAAAGAGGGCGAUCUCGCGCUGUUCUUACCUACUCGUAACAACGCCCAUCGUCCCUGGGCCGCUUUCAAUGUUGGUGCACCUCAUUUCUUCCUUCGAGAACAGGACUCGCAUCGUCUACAUGGCAAGGAGUGGCUGGUUGCGCGGAUCUCAAAAAUCGAGGAGCGCGUCGUAGAUCUCUCGAAGACUUUAGAUGGUCCACGAGCUUCCCUCGAUGGGCGCUCCAUUGCGUCGAGUAACGCUGUGUCUGUCGACGAUGACAAUCCCUUCGAACUGUCUGAUGGUCUCCGCUGGUACUUACUCGAUGCAACCGAAGAGAAGCCUAUGGCUCCGGGCACUCCCGGCCUCAAAAGCGCGACAACUGCAACUAGCAGUCUGGUAACCGGCCAAGCAGAUAUGCAGCGUACAAAAAAGAAGUCAUCCACUGACCCAGCUAUUCAACUCGGCAAGUCUCUAGAUAGUCGACGAAGCAGUGGCACUAGCAAAAAGAGCAUACCUGUUGGUGGUGGCCGACCUUCCGUUGAACGGCUCAGCUCCUCCGAUGCCAUCGAAUCAGGGGCGAACUCAAACACAGCAACACGAGGCGCCAGUCCAGCUGCAAUCCAUCGACCAAGUCAUUUGCGCGAGACAUCUACCAAUACCACCGGUGCCGAUGCAGAGCAAAACGGUGCAAAUGUGCGGCAAGAUCAGCUCUGGGGACCUUAGACUUGCUGAUGUGGUAAAUCUAAGCUCCCCUCAAGGAUUCAUAUAGUGCUGACUUCCUGUAGGUAACAAUUGCUCGCCCAGAGUACGUUCCUAUACCCAGUCCGUCCGGUCUCAUAGGCAGUACCGUGGCACCGCGAUCGCCUAACACGCCCCCGAACAAGCCAAGAGUGGUAAGCCAGUCUGAUACGAGGCUUGUGGACCCGGCAACGAGUCCAGCCAGACAAU